UCAGGUGAUUACAGUCGACGUUGAGAUAACAAGUUUUAGUUCGAGCCGUGCUAUGACGAGGAAAGAACUGAAUCAGGAGACCUCGACAUCGAGCCGAGAGUUAUUCCAGAUAACCAAGAACAAGACCCAGACUACCGAACCCAAUCCGAAGAAGAGGAAAUUGCAAGGAUCGAAACAGAGCACGAGUACGGCGUCCAAGCAACGGAGUCUCCAGUGGAUAGAACGUCCCGUGAAAAUUCUCCAACAGCUCGAUAAGGAUUGGAAAGUGGACUUACAACAACUGGAUACAAACGAUCGGAGGAGGUUCAGGAGAUUUUACUGGAUUUACCGUUGUUGGGGACCAACUCGUUCAGGGACUUAAUUCACUUACUUGGGGAAGAGAAACGCGUCAGAGAAGUUGUCCAGACACGAAAUCCCCAGCCUUACCUUACUCCGACAUUAAUUACGUGGCUAGAAGACUGCAAGAAAGAGGCAGUAAGUUCUGGACAAUCUCAAUAUGUAUAUAUAAGCUCCGUGCUGCUGGUGCUGGUUAUUCUGUGAGUUUUAGGAAGCCACGUAAUUAAUGUCGGAGUAAGGUCGUACAAUUGAAAAUGAUCCUCGACCAGAAAGGCCUUCGACUUUCACUGAUAACUCCCACGUCAAAG